AUGGGAGGCAAGAAAGCCGCCGGCGAGAACUCCAAGAAGGCAGCUGGCCAGGCCCGCAAGGCCGACGCCGCUGCCUCCAAGAAGGCCGCGGAGGAUUCUAAGCGCGCUGCCGAGGAGGAUAAGCAAUGGGCCAAGGGCUCGAAGAGUAAUGCUAAGAAAGAAGACGCCGAAUCCAAAAAGGCCGAUGCGGCACGCAAGAAAGCCGAACGCGACGCGAUGCUCGCCGCCGAAGAAGCCUCCCAGCCCUCGAAACCCAAGAACAGCGGGGCGAAAUCCGCGGCGAAGAAGAACGCCGGACCCAGCCGGGGCACGCUGGACCUGAGCCAGCUGGACGACUCGACGCCGGCGUCGCGCAAGGCGACGGCGCUGAACGCGUCCGGAAUCGACAACGCCCUGGACGCGCUGUCGCUGACGGGCUCGAAGGACGCGAGCAAGGUCGACCGACACCCCGAGAGACGGUUCAAGGCGGCGUAUGCGGCGUUCGAGGCCCGGAGGCUGCCCGAGAUCGAGACGGAGAAUCCCGGCCUGCGUAGACAGCAGCGCAUCGAGCUCGUGCGGAAGGAGUUCGAGAAGAGUGAGGAGAAUCCGUUCAAUCAGGUGCAUGUGGCGUUUGAUGCGAGUCGGGAGGAGAUUGCGGGGGUGAGGGAUGCGGAGAGGAGGAAGAUGGAGGCGAGGUUGGCGAAAUGA